UUCUACACCGCCGCCCCUCUCUCUCUCUCUCUCUCUCUCUCUCUCUCUCUUAAACAGUUCAAAUUCCUUUUCGCAUCCAUUAAAUUAAACUCAAAAACAGUAUGCAGUCACAAGCUAUUCCCUACGGAGCAUGGGUUCCGGGCACUCCAGCCGGCCACGUGUCGUCAUCGGCACGUGAUCAGCAAGCUGCCGCCGUGGGCAGCAGAUCGGCAGCUAGCGUACAAAAACUGGUGUCAGAGAAUGCCGUUACGGUUGUCGGACGGCGUGGCUGCUGCAUGUGCCACGUCGUGAAGCGGCUGCUGCUGGGCCACGGUGUUAACCCCACGGUUUUCGAGGUCGACGAGGACGACGAGAGCGACGUUGUCGUUGAAUUGCGGAAAUUGAUCGGGGAAGGGCUGGAGGAUUGGCCGCAGUUUCCUGUCGUGUUUGUGGGCGGGAAGUUGUUUGGUGGGUUAGAGAGAGUUAUGGCUACCCAUAUCUCAGGUGAACUUGUGCCCGUGUUAAAACAAGCCGGAGCUCUGUGGCUUUGAUUUUUUUUCUUUUUAAUUUAUUUUCAUGACUUGUAUAUCUUUGGAGAAUGGGAGAAAUACUUGUUGGAAAAAAUAAGAGAUUAAUUAUUUAUGUAAGUAGGGCUUCAAAAUUUUAGAUCAUGUGUCAUGUGAUUUCUUCCUUCUC